GUCUCGUGCACCGCCGCACCACGGCGUAGACGGCGGCGGCUGCAACGAACUAACCAGCGAGCGAGAGAGCAAGCGGGCGGCGGCGGCGGCGGCGGAGGAGGAGGAGAUGCCGGGAAAGGGGCAGCGGCGGAGGGAGAAGAACUUCCAGGCGGCGCACGGUGGGGACACGCGCCUGCCCCCGCCGCCGAAGCACCGGGAGCUCGAGGCCAUCCCGUCCAAACUCCGCCGCCUCAUCGCCUUCCAGAACAAGCACAACGCCAACGCUGACGCGUCCUCAGGAGGUGCUGCCGGGAAGCAAGACGGUGGGUUAAGGAAGAAUAGGCCGGCAACAGAAAGGACCCCAACAGAAAAGGCAAAGGACAAGAAAAUUAAGAAGCAGAUAUUGGAGGCUCCUGCUGAUAGCAAAGCAUCAGAGAUUAAAGGCAGUGAAGAUGGUUCAGCUGCCAAUGAGAACGUGAAUGCAGAGGGAAGUAAGGGGAAGAGAAAGAGGGGAAAGGCUAAGGACCUUCGUUUCGAGGAACUGGACAAGAACAUCUCAGUCUCGAAGAAGCAAAGAAGGAAGCAACAUCUGAAUGAGAAGAAAAAGAAGCGCAAGGGCAAUAAGGCAGAAACUGUUCCAGACUUCCCUGGGCGUGAGAAAGUCAAAUUUGGUGAAGUUGUUCAGGCUCCACCGAAGUUGUCAUUCCCGAAGGUGAAGAGCGCUUUAGAUGCUUCCCGUGAGAUGCUAAGGAAAGAGGCUAUUGAGAAUUACAGAAAUAUUAAAGGAUGGACAUCAAGGCCUGGACUCAAGCUUCCAACACUAGCAGAGAAUACAUUCUUAUCACAAUAAAUAUUUUGUCUGUUUAUUAUAUCAUCACUUAACAAGCUUACUCUGUUUAUACAGAGAAGUUUAGAGUAUCAAUUUUGUAAUCUGUACCUUCAUGUAGGCAAUUCUGAAACAGAUAUUCCUGUCUGGAUUCCUGUCUUCUUUUGUGUAUUUGUUUUUCCAAUUGGAUCAGUGUUGUGUUCUUGCCAACAGGGUAUUAUGUGAUUAAGAAAGCAGAUACUGACUGUUUGAUCAGUGGCUUGGAUUUUGGAAAAUUGUCCAUAUUUGGUUCUA